AUGACUAGGUUUAUGCAGAUGAAUCAAACUAGUGAAAAGAUUGAAGAAUAUAUUAAAGAUGAAACUGAUCAGCAGUUUGGUUCAUCUACAGUUAAAUUUUUAGUAUAUGAGUCUAUUGAGGAAGAUGAGAAAGAUAGUGACAUUAACAAUCAUUCUUGUAAUGUCUUCACAAAGAAUUGGCACCAGAAACUAGAGGAAAAAGAUAAACCUUCUACAAAAGAUAAAAAAGCGGAGGAUAUUCCUAAGCGAAACUUAUCCAGGAAGCAAAACAAAGAAGAACCAGGAUCAUCAAACAAAGCCGACAAAGCUUUUGAUUACAGGGAACCUACUCUUGAAGAUUAUUUUGAUUUUAUAGAACAUUGUAAAAAGACCAAGGUACAAAUUUCUCAAUUUGAGCAUCUCAAGAAGAACCCACAACAGUUGGAUAAAUUGGUGCAUUGUAUCAAAAAGGAUCUCAAGAAGUUUCAUUCAGAUAUACACCAAGAAUCAGGUGAGAACUUUGAUGAUGAUGAUAAAGAGAGAUCUAUAGCAAAGGAAUAA